AUGCUCGCGUCGGUCCUGCCACGAUGUACGCCCAGAACUGCGACACCGAUCGCAUACGCCAGGCGCUUUCAGUCGCACCUCGCCGGGACUCUUCCUGCGACGUUCCUUCGAGGUGGAACCUCAAAGGGUAUCUUUUUGAAACGGGAGGAUGUUCCAGAAGAUCCAGCGGCGUGGACUCCCAUCUUCCAAGGCAUCAUGGGCUCUCCUGACGACAUUUAUCGUCGUCAGCUGAACGGCAUGGGCGGCGGUGUCUCGUCGCUCUCCAAAGUCGUCGUCGUCGGGCCCCCAACGUCCCCCGCGGCCGACUACGACGUCGAGUACACCUUCGUCCAGGUCGGCAUCGACGACGGCGCGCUCGACCUCUCCGGCAACUGCGGCAACCUCUCGAGCAUGGUCGGCGUCUUCGCCCUCGACCACGCGCUCUGCGCGCCCCGCCUCGCAGGCGACUCCGCCACCGUGCGCUGCCUCAACACCAACACUAACAAGCUCAUCGAGACCACCUUCCCCGUGCUCCCCGGCACCACCGCCGUCGCGGACCUCGCACGCCCCGAGGCCGAGACCGCGGGCGUCCCCGGCAAGGCGUCGCAGAUCCUCCUCAAGUUCGUGCGCCCCGGCGGCGCACGAACAGGAAAGCUGCUGCCCUCCGGCCGCCCGCGCGACGCGCUCAUCCUGCCGCUCCACUCGGCCCCCGGCCUCUCCGCCUCGCUCGUCGACGCGACGAACCCGACGGUCUUCGUCGCCGCGCCCGACCUCGCACGCGCGCUCGGCAUCGGCCUCGGCCGCGGCGACGAGGAGGCUGCGGCGCUGGCGACGUCGGCGCAUCUCACGCGCCCAGACGUCGCGACUGCCGUCGAGCGCGUCCGGCAGGCCGGCGCGCGUGCGAUGGGGCUCGACCCGCUCGCACGCGCACAGCCGAAGAUCGCGGUGCUCCGCGAGCCCACGGACGAGGAGCUCGCGCGGGGGGUCGACGUCGGCGUGCACGCGUUCUCGAUGGGCGUCGUGCACAAGGCGGUGCCGAUGACGGUCGGGCUCUGCUUGGGCGUCGCUGCGGGCGUGCCGGGGACCCUCGCGGCGGAGAUCGUGCGGCGGGCGCGCGAGCGGAGGGGGGUGGUGGGGGGCGACGGGGGCGGGUUGGUUAGAAUUUGUCAUCCGGGAGGGGUGGUUGACGUGGGCGCCGAGUUUGACGAGGCGGGGGAGGUGGUGAAUGCGCAAGUGGUCAGGACGGGGAGACGACUGAUGGAGGGUAGUGUGUGGUAUUGA